UACUUUAUCAACAGAAAGUUAUGGCGCUCCGUGUUGGCUUGUCCCGAAUCCAACAAUGCUUGCCAUUGUCAAUGAAAUGGAUGAAAUACUCGGUGCAAAGUCUUUGUAGCGUUGCGGAGGACCCCCGCUACGAGAUCCGAAUGAUGCGGCGAUCAGACAUGCCCAGUCUCUACUCUCUGCUGGCUGCAAACAAGUGGAACAUGGAAAUGUCUUACCUGGAAUGUGUCUUCAAUACCGACCCUACUGGACUGGUGGUGGUCGUCAAGGACGACGGAGAGGUCAUAGGACAUAAUGGAAUCCUGGCUCAUAGCGACACGAUUGCGUCCUCUGGUAUGAACAUUGUGAAGGACGAGUACCGGAAGUUGGGAAUAGGGAAGCAGAUGUUCCGGGAAGUUAUGAAGGUGAUGGAGGACCGAAACGUAGGCGGUACAGCCCUCUCCAACAGAAUCACGUUUUAUGCACAAUUUGGUUGGACAAUCAAGUCCUAUACUUUCCACUACAGCCAGGGUCCUGUCAACCCCGACUUCAUUGCAGACGUCCCGGAAGGCGACUUUGAGGUUGUGAAUGCACGCGACAUGAAAUUCGAUGACGUCAUUGCAUAUGAUUCUGGGAUACAUACGGUGCCUAGACCAGUAUACAUCAGUAAUUGGGCGGAGCAUCCGUCAGCAACCACUUAUGUUGCACUAAAGAGUGGGCGUGUUGUCGGAUAUGGAGUACUUCGCCCUGCAGACUUGGGAUACAAAAUGUAUCCCUUAUAUGCUGAUGACCCGAAAAUUGCCAAAGCCCUGUUCUGCAGACUUGCAUCAGCAAUUCCCACUGGAGAAGAUGUUAUAUUCACUCAUCCCAUAGAUAACGAUCAGGCCAAUGCAUUUGUAGCUGGAAACAAAUUAGGCUCAUAUCUUUCUAUGACCAGACUUUAUAACAAGUGGAACAUACCAGUGGAUAUUAAGAGAGUAUACUCCAUAUCAUCUUCCGAGUAUGGCAUCAUCUAGUGAUCACUUCACAACCAUAAAUGUUCUACAUGCAGACAUUUACUACAAAGCCACAUGUCAUUAUUCCAUAUUUUAUCACCAACUGCAACAUUGUGCUUGCAAUAUGACAAGGACAAAGUCAUGAUUUUGCACUGGUGUUUUGAAUUUAUCACCAAUUUCUUGUACCUUUUUUCUCAAAAAAAAAAUCAUGAAAAAUUAAAGAGUUCAUGCACAUACUA